AUGUGGUCUCAAACAGAAAUAUCCUGGGCACUGGCUGCCGUCUUGCUGGCGGCCCAAGAUGCCGCUGGCCAAGCCACCGUCACAUCCACACGAGCCAUUCCGCUACCCACGGCGCGCCUUCCAGAUGCCUUCGAAGUCCCCGCUGAUUUUCCCAGCGUGGGUUUCGAAACAGCUUUCCUCCCUGGAUACAACAACACAUUCUCCGACAAGCUCGUAGCGUCGCUUGCCUCGCGCAUGGCCGCGCCACCUGUCAUCAGGAUCGGGGGAACCAGUGGGGACAAAAUCAACUUCAAUCCAGGCCAAGCAGAACCGGCACACUGCAUCGAGACAGAUAAGCCUUGUAACUCGGCCGCCAGGUUCAUCCUCGGGCCGACGUACUUUGAUGCCUUCAAAUACUUUUUCAAGUCCGCCCACUUCUCCAUCCAAGCCCCGCUCGGCGACGGCGAGCCUAACGGCACCAACAUCAUCGCCUAUGUUAAGGGUGCCUACGACGCCCUAGGCGAUGCCGCCCGCAUCAAUGCCGUCGCCAUCGGAAACGAAGUGAACUGGUACCACGAAAAACAGUAUGAUGCUGCUGAGUACGUCGCCGAUGCACAAGUCGCCAAGGACGCAAUCACCUCGGCCGUGGAGCUCGGAAGCGACCCAAUCUGGGAGAUCCUGGACACGGCGUCCGGGCAUGCGUCCACGGGCAACGCCCCGUACACGGUCGAAGGCGUGUUCGACGCGGGCAUCAACCAGGACGGCAAGGUCAAAUACGUGGCCGAACACUACUACCAGUUUGACGGCAAGACCCACGGCAUCCGGGACCAUCUCCUCAACCACGCCGCCCUCAAAAACAAGCUCGCCAACUACUUCCCCAGCAUCCGAGCGACGCGCAACACGGACGGGGCCAAGUUCAUCCUUAGCGAGACGGGCGGGCCGCUCGGGGUGAGCGAGGAGGUGCAGACCUUCUUCGCCAACACGCUGUGGUCCGUCAACUUCCAGCUCUACGCCAUGAGCCGGAACGUCAGCCGCGUCACGGGCGUGCAGCGGCCCGAGGCCAAGCGCAGCCUGUGGAUCCCCACCGACGGCCUGGCCGUCCCGGGCCCGCGCGUGCAGGCGCCCUACUACGCCCUCCCCUUCGUCGCCGACUUCGUCGGCAAGACGGCCGCCGGCGGGCCCCGAGGCGUCGUCAACAUCGACCUCGAAAGCCCCGUCCUGAGCGCCUACGCCAUGUUUGAGGGCCAGACCCUGGCCCGAGUCGCCGUCGUCAACCUGCGCGAAUAUGCGGGCGGGGCCACGCGGAACGCGGUCAAGGUCCGUCUCGAGAACCUCGGUGCUGCCGUCAGCGAGGUCCAGGUCGGACGGCUCCAUGCCGAUGCGGGCACGGCGGCCGGGGGCUUUGAUGUGAAUGAGAAGAAUAUCACGUGGGCUGGCCAGCAAUGGAGCUACAAGGUGGACGGGGGGGAAGGCCACGGGACGGUGCGGAUGACGACUCUCGAGGUUACUGGAGGUGUGGCAGAACUCGUCAUUCCGGAUACCGAGGCGGUGAUUGUAUAUGUGAAAUAA